CUCAAAAUGCACCAUUUCGAAGAAGCUCAGUACUCGAUCCAAAUCCAGGGGAAAAAAAAAAAGGCUCUAUCUAUCUCUCCAGUUUUCUCCCGUUUUCACCUUCGAAAACCCUCAUUAGAACAUGGGUCUCAUCACUUAUGACAUGGAGGUCGUCACCCCGAUUCCGCCGACCCGGAUGUUCAAGGCGUUUGUUUUCGACAGCGACAAGAUAUUCCCGAAGAUCCUCCCCCAUGCCUUCGAAAGCAUCGAGGUCAUCGAAGGUGAUGGAGGGCCCGGAACCAUCAAGAAGAUUACCUUUGGAGAAGCUAGCCAUUUCAAGUACGCGAAACACAGGGUCGACGCUCCGGACCAGGAGAAGCUAACAUACAGCUACGGUUGGAUAGAGGGCGACGCCCUGAUGAACAUAUUCGAGAAGAUCUCAUACGACAUCAAGAUCGAGGCCGGCCCCGAGGGAGGGUCCAUAUGCAAGAACAGGAGCAAGUACUACGCCACUGGUGACAUCCAGUUCACCGAGGAGCAAAUCAAGGAAGGCAAGGAGAAGGUCUUGGGCUUGUUCAAGGCUCUUGAGGGUUAUCUCUUGGCCAACCCUAAUGCUUGCUAAGAAUGUCAGACGUGCGGGGUGAUCACCGUCUAUUACCACAAGAUUGUCGAUCUUAUGGUGAUGUCUCUCCUAAAGGGUGUGUGUCUCUUCAUGGUUGUUCAUCUUUAAUCUUGGGUUUAUGUUCGGAUUAUGGAGCCUCGGGCUUGCCCCGUAGCAAGUCUCCGAGAUCGUUCUCUUGUUUUGAGUAUUUUGAGAAUGGUGUGAUGUCAGCAAAUAAAUACAAAGGAAAUCCU